GCCUAGAGGCAGCGAACCGGGUAGUGCGGCUGGUGGGGGAGGGGGAGCCAACAACCAUAAUCCCGGUGGAGCGGGAUGAGGAGCACAUAGAGCAGCUAAGGCAGCUGAACCAGUCAGCAAAGCAGGCCAUCAACCUGCUGCCGUUUGCCGGUACACUGCUGCAGUAA